CGUCUCCUUUGCCGGCCUCCUUUUGCUUUGCUUUGCUCUCCUCUCUACGUACUACACUCUCGUCUCUUCCUCUCUACAAAAUCGUUCCCUAGCUACCUUUACUUCUUCUCGAGGCUACCAGCCAGCAGAAUCGAAUUCCUCCCCGUAUCGUCGUCGCCGUCGCCGUCGCUCCACCGUUGCCAAGAACGGCAAGCUCUCUCCGGUGUCUCUUCCUGAAGUCUCUGGUGGAACCGUACGUCUGUCUGGAAGCGCCCGAAAGGAUUUUGGAAAUAACUAACUGCGUGUGGGGUCGCACUCACAUAGUGGGAACGGGCUUGUAGAUGUGCAACGGCAGUGACAUCUGAAUCGACGCCUAGUUCCACUGGUGUUGCUGCUGACCAGGCCCAGCUAGAUGGCAGAAGUAGUAGAAGUACACAAGGAUUGGGUCGGGUCAUUCCCCUCCGGGAAAAAGAUAACGGUUGUUUUUGUCAUAGGAGGGCCAGGCAGUGGCAAAGGCACUCAGUGUGCUAAGAUUGUGAGUCAGUUUGGGUUCACCCAUCUGAGUGCUGGCGAUCUUCUUCGCGAAGAAGUUAAAUCUGAUACCGAGCAAGGUGCAAUGAUCAAGAAUCUCAUGCAUGAAGGAAAGCUUGUGCCUUCUGAGAUCAUCGUCAGGCUACUGUUAAAGGCCAUGCUUGCAAGUGGAAAUGAUAAGUUUCUUAUUGAUGGAUUUCCGCGAAAUGAAGAAAACCGCGAAGCAUACGAGAAGAUUGUUAAGAUAGAACCUGAGUUCGCAUUACUGAUUGACUGCUCAAGGGAAGAGAUGGAGCGGCGCAUUCUACAUCGAAACCAGGGAAGAGAUGAUGACAACAUGGAAACCAUUCAUCGGCGGUUCGAAGUUUUUCAGCAAUCAACUCUGCCUGUUAUUCAGCACUAUGAGAAAAUGGGAAAGCUUCGAAGGGUUGAUGGUGACAGGCAGCCAGACAUGGUGUUCGAAGACGUGAAGGCCAUCUUCGCGCAACUAAACACUCAGGCAAACGAAGGCAGCAACGUAAGCAGAGCACAAAUUAAUCCAUUCAAGCGUUGGUUUCUCGACCUUUUCUGCAGUUGCUUCGAUUUGCAAGACAGAAGGAACUGACCAUCUUCUACAGAGAUGAUUAAUUAGUGUGGCGCCCUUCAGUCCUGGAUCAAGAAUUCAAGAUGGAGCAGCAAGCAGGUACAGCAAAAGAAACCGUUAGUGUUCUGAUGUGUUCAUCCGGUGUGUUGUGUUGUGAGCUCGAUUGAGCUGUGUGCAUUUCAUCGUGUAAACAUUUUAACAAAAGAGAACCCCGUCCAGCUGCAGUUUGUUACUGAAUUUGAUCGUGUAAACAUGUUU